AUGGCAGCUCUGAAACACUUUUCUCUCUUAAUCCUCACCGUUGCUUUUGCAUCACUCUCCGCGGUUAACGUCCAGCACUCACCUGAAAUGCAAUCAGUAAUCAACGUAAGACACGCAAUGUCCAUCUCAGACUACACAACUAUAUCCGCCAUUACUCUCGUGCUUCAUAAUCACCUCCUCGAGUGGACUAAACUCAACCUCACCGGCUUCACUAUCUUCGCUCCGAUUGAUUCCGCUUUCAUCUCUACUGCCUCUGGUAAGACAGAAAUUCCGUCUAUGGAUACUAUUCUCGUUCACUAUUCACCUGUUUAUCUCCCUUACCGUACACUCCGUUUUUUGAGGGAAAUCCCUACGAUUUCUCUUCAGUAUAAUCUCUUCACUACUAGUAUUCCCCUGGUUUCUGAAAUCUCAAUUGGCUUUGUCAAAAUAUCUCCCUUGCCUAUCUACGAUGACGGUUGUGUCAUUGUUUACUCUGUUGAACAAGUUUUUGAUAUCGGUUUCACUAAGGACAAAUUAGCAUGGCAUAGGAACAGUUAUUCCAAUGGAACUAAUGAUGCAGAUCCACAACUUUGA